UGGCCAAACCCGGACAGAGCUGGGCCAAUUGUGCACCGCCCUAUGGGAUUCCCAAUAACGGCCAGAUGUGAUACAGCCUAGAUUCGAACCAGGGAUUGAAGACUGAGAUGCAGUGCCUUAGACCACAGCGCCGCACAUAAACAUAUUACCACUUAACUACACUAUUAAACCCACUUAAAGCUGUGACAUACUGCAGUGUAUCACAGUUAUUUUCAACCACAAUAAGGUUGGAGUAAGGAUAGAGAUCCCCCCUGCUAUGAUGGGGUUGCAGAGGAAGAGAGUGUGGGACCAAAAGUGUUACUAUGACUAGAAACAGCCAGGCCAGAGCUAACAUGGGUACACUGACCCCAAAAACGAAAGCCCUUAACCAUAAGUGAGUACACUGUGGCCAUACCCAUAAGGGAGGGGGAUACAGGAACUAACCCCUCCACUUGAUUCUGGGCAGAUGCACCAAACAGUACCAGCCCCACGGUUGUGUACAACACCCCUCCCUGUGUUGAUAGAGAGCAGCUGAAACAUGAGGAGGAACCAAACAGUGCCCACAGUCUUCUCAAUCCCACCACAGAGGAUCACCAGAACCCCAAUGCUGAGGAGUAUCUGGGUCUCUGUCUGGUGGUGGAAGGAGUAUGUGAUGAGCUUGUGUACCGCAAAGGAAGAGGAGAAAGAAAGAUGGAUCGUAAUGAUGAGAGAAUCAAAAGAGCUUUAAGACGCCGUCCUUAUGUGUUGAAACCAGUGAGGGUGAACACCCCUGAUUCCGUGUUGUGGCCAACCGGCAAGGUGCACAGAAGGCCAAAGCCUUCUAAUUCAGUGCAGACCCCUCAGAUCCACAAAAGGCCUCCAAUCAUUGUGAGCUAUGGGCAGGACCAGACAUCUGGGGAUGGAUGGAGCAUCAAUCCAGAGCCUCUCAGCCAGUCUGGAAGGGUGACUCGGCUGAUAGAGAGAAAAUAUGAUGAUGUGAUCUCAUCCUCCAGUUCUGAUGACUUUUCCAUCUACUCCUUCACUGACUGUGAAUCUGAGUGUGAUGAUGAGGAUCAUGAAAGGAGGACCCCAAAGCUGAAAGUUGAGAAUGGAAAGGUGACAAAGCUUGAUGUGAGGGAUAUGGAUGAGGAUGAUCUGUCUCUCCACUCCUUCGAUGAGUCAGACUUCCUGAGCCCAGGGAAGGUCUCAGGUCCUGUAUCUGUCAAGAAUGGCCUCUCUCCUCUUGUGAGCUCAGCACACCGGACCCUGGCUGAAGCCCUACGGGCCCUGCCCUCUGCUGUAGGCUCUCCCUACCCAGUAAAUGUUCCAAGGCCUCGGACUCCUCUCAACCCUGUCAUUAUCGCUCCGCCCCGAACAGAGAACUUCCCAUACCGCCACAGCCCUCGCCUGGCUCCCAUCACCAACCUGAGCGAGACCGGCAGGAAGCUGCUCCAGGAAAUGGCUGGAGUGGCCCCACAGGAAGGGAAGGUCAAUAAGAAAAAGAAGGGCAAGGCCAAAAAGGAAUUGAAGCAAGAGAAGGCUAGUAAGACGCAACAGAUGGGAAAUGUUGGAGAAAGUAAGGAGGAGGACAAGAAAGAGGAAAAGAAGAGUCUGAGGAAGAGAGAUGGAAAUCUACACCUGUUUAGACCUUGGAGGAUAUGGCUUCAGAUGAAAGACAGCAGAGAGAUGCAGAACGUAAAAGCUUCAAACACUGUGAUAUGCAAAUGUAGGACCAUUGUACACUGAAGUGAAGCAUGCAUCUGGUCUGAAGCAUGUCAAAAGAGUAGAAAUUAACUGGGACUGGAGGAAUACAUCACAUUUAAACUAAAUUAGCAUGUAUCUGAUUUAGCUACACUCAUCUGUACUUGAAUUGUGCUGUUUGAAACGUGUAUUUCCAAUAAAGCUUUUUAAAUUGCA